CUUGUCGCCAGGAAUUUGCAUCAUGGCGGACGAGGUGCUGGUGGAACUGCCUGUGCAGAACGGAAAUGGCGUGGAAGGCCGAAAUGUGGCGCUGGACACUUGGAUCCGUGUCAAGUUAUUCGAUGAUGCCCCCCUGAUUGAAGGCAGCGUGUAUACGUUGGAUCCUGUGUCUGGCUUUCUGGUCGUCAAGAGUGUGGACUCGACUCAACUCUUGAACAUCGCAUCAGUCCAGAGCGUCGAGAUUAUCGAGAAAGACGAAGAUUCGUGGGAAUCGUCGCUCACGGCUCGGUCAUCUGGCCCGCCGUGCGCUGUUUCUGAGGACAAGCUGCAAAAACUGGAGUUGCAGAGCCGCGAGUUGGCUGAAAAAGCCCUCGCCUCCAUUGGAAAGAACGUGUCCCCGUUCGGCCAGUCUAUCUUCGACGCGCUGAGCAAAACGAUGCCCUGUCACUGGGAAGGCCAACACAUCCGCGUCAUGGAAGUCGUCAUCCACCCUCCGUAUGACAGCAAGAAUUGCUCCUCGUCGGACCAAGUGAUGCUGGAUCGCAUCAAGAAGAUUUUGGAUGCAUUGCAUCGCAAACUGGCCAAGCAGCAAUAGUACACACAGGACGGUGGCAAGUCUAAUAUACGAGUAGCGCCAAUGAAUUGCCUUGGCGCGGCCAGCAUCAACGGAGAACGCUGCUUACACAUA